GUUGAGUACACCUUGAUUCCGUGAUGAGACAGAUGCUCCAGAAGAUUGUUGUUUGUGCAUUUGAGCCCGAUGAAAGGAUUGGAUCUUACAAAUUCCCCAGCGAAUGUACCUAGUGAGUUUGCAUGUGAAACGCCUGAGCUCUUCAUUGGCACAGCAAGGAUUUCCCUGUUGGCUGUCUGCUCACCCACCACAACGUAACUUGCCAACUCGUGCAACCCACAUUCGCACCACGACCAAAUGUUCGGCUUUCGAGAGAGCGAGCACCAUGGUAUGGUCCUCGCUUAAAGUGAGCAGUUCGCAUCAACUGACGGGCGUGCAGGCAUGCAACCCGAAAUCUCUCAAGCGCAAGGCAUCCGCCACAGCGCUCGAACUCUCUGCGAAGCGUGCUGGCCCCGGGCACGCAAUGAGCAGCGCCUCGAACAGCUCAGCAGCUGAAGUCGACCCGGAGCAUGAGGAUGCAGAUGUUGCAACGUCCAGUGCCGACGCAGCGGGAGAUCGGAACGGAGCUCAGCGGAUGUUCAGCAUUGUUGAGCUGCUGGAAAAUAUCUUGCUCGAAUUAUCCUUCAAAGAGUUGCUCGUCACCAUGCCACAGGUGUGCAGGCACUUCAAGGAUGUCAUCGACAACUCAGCCUCGAUCCAGCAAGCGCUCUUCUUCCAGCCCCUGCCCGGACCAGAGGUGCACUUCUUCAGAGGAUCAGGCCCAGAGACAGAUUACGAUGGCUUCUUCGCGGUGGAGGAGCACGCACCGAAGCGAGUGCAUGUCAUGAGCAAUCCGCUCUUCGGCAGCGCCGAGCAGUGGCUACUACGCAACAUUCAGUACGGCCGUGCUCGUCACUUCGUCGCCGGACAGUCGCAGAUCCAGGCAUUCGAGCGACCUGAAGCUAGCUGGAGGAGGAUGCUUGGCUCUCAGCCACCAGUGAAAGCCCUCUUGUUUGGAUCUGCCGCUGGUAAAGAUCAUGAGUUCGUCGUGAAGAAGGACGACUGGCUGCGUGUGGAGGACUACAUCCUCCCGAAGGAGCAGUUCUCGAAGUUGAGCUGCAGGUUUUGGUCAGAAGAGAGCCGUUUCUGUAAGUGGGAGAUUCAUCUGCCGAGCCAGGUGAAGAGAGUCGAAUAUGGGUUUGUCAAGUGCGUGGCAUGCGGAGGAGUUGGGCAUAUGAUUGGGAGCUGCAAGAUCCAUAUUGGCUCGAAUCCUCCAGUAGUUAUCAGGCCGAUGAACUGUGGUGGAACCCUUUCCCAUCUUGUGCUGUAG